AAAAUAAAAACUAGAAGUAGAGUAUCUGAGUUCUGAAAGAACUAGGUUAGAGAUUUCGCGAGAAGGAAGAUGGAGCAAGAACAAGGAAACCUCGAAAGCUUCUUAACAUGGGCAUCACAAAUUGGAAUUUCAGAUUCAACAAACCAUUCUCAACACUUUUUUUCCUGUUUGGGUCAUUCCCUAUGCGUUUCUAUCUUCCCUCACUCUGGCGGUAGAGGUUUGGGUGCUGUGAGAGAUCUUAGAAGGGGAGAGAUUGUUCUGAGAGUUCCAAAAUCUGCUUUAAUGACUAGAGAGAGUGUUAUGGAAGAUAAAAAGCUCUGUAUUGCUGUCAAUAAGCAUCCUUCUCUAUCCUCAGUUCAGAUAUUGACUGUUUGCUUGUUAUAUGAAGUUGGUAAGGGAAAGACGUCAAGGUGGCAUCCUUACCUCAUGCAUUUGCCGCAAAGUUACGACGUGCUAGCCAUGUUUGGUGAAUUUGAGAAAAAUGCUCUGCAAGUGGAUGAAGCUAUUUGGAUCACAGAAAAAGCUGUGCUAAAAGCCAAAUCUGAAUGGAAAGAAGCUCAUGCCUUGAUGGAAGAUCUUAUGUUUAAGCCUCAGCUUUUAACAUUUAAGGCUUGGGUUUGGGCUGCUGCAACGAUAUCUUCCCGAACAUUGCAUAUACCAUGGGAUGAAGCUGGUUGUUUAUGCCCUGUGGGUGACUUAUUUAAUUACGAUGCACCUGGAGAAGAGCUAUCUGGUAUUGAGGAUGUAGAUAAUUUUCUAUCUAACUCUUCUAUCCCUGUAACCACCUUAUCAAAUGGAGACAAGAAUAUAGUUGUAGACGAAGAGCAGGUUGAUUUUCAUUCUCAGAGACUAACAGAUGGUGGAUUUGAUGAAGAUGCCAAUGCAUAUUGCUUCUACGCUAGGACACAUUACAAGAAAGGGGAUCAGGUUCUGUUAUGCUAUGGAACAUACACAAAUUUGGAGCUUCUUGAACACUAUGGAUUUCUCUUACAAGGAAAUCCAAAUGAUAAAGUUUUCAUCCCUUUGGAACCUGCUAUGUAUACUUCUACUUCAUGGUCUAAGGAAUCACUCUAUAUUCAUCAUAACGGGAAACCUUCGUUCGCACUACUAGCUGCAUUGCGAUUGUGGGCAACCCCUCAUAAUAAGAGGAGGUCUGUCGGACAUCUUGCGUAUUCUGGUUCUCAACUGUCUGCCGACAAUGAAACUUUCGUUAUGAAAUGGUUAUUGAAAACUUGCAAAGCUGUCUUAAAGAAUAUGUCGACAUCUAUUGAAGACGACACAUUACUCGUGAAUGCAUUGGAUAGUAGUAAAGAAUUUUUUACUUUCAUGGAGAUUGCUAAACUUAUGACUUCUAAGGAUGAAGUUUAUACAUUUUUAGAAGCUCAUAAUGUAACGACAGAUGCACAUAGUUUUACCGGUAUAUUGUUAUCAAAAAAAGUGAGAAGGUUGAUGGACAGGUGGAAAUUAGCGGUUGUAUGGAGGCUCAGGUAUAAGAAAGUCCUUGUUGAUUGUAUUGCUUAUUGCAAUGGAAUAUUGGAUUCUUUCAUGAAAUAAUGAGCUAUGAUUGAUUAAUUGGUUGUAAUGCAGUUAAGGUUUUUAUUUUUAUGUGAGUGAUAUGAUUUUACUGGUAAAAAA